AUGAUGGACGACGGCUCGGGGUCAGACAACGAGCCUAUGCAGCAAGUGGUCCAGGUCCGUGUGAGCAAGCGUGAGACGGAGAGAGCGAGAGAGAUUCGCAAGUCAUCCUAUGGCUACAUGCGAGAACAGCAAGAGAAAGAAUCCUGGCGACUGGUGAACUUCUACAGCCCUACUACAGACCAAGUCAACAAGGAGGACUACCUCAACUCGCUGAACGCGAUAUCCAAGACGAGAGACGACGGAGUCCCAGCGCAGAUCACCGACUUGUCAAGGGAGCAGCUUCUGCGCAUGUCCCUCCCUCAACAAGUUCAGGCACUGAUGAGUGCGGCGCAUGGCUGCUGGGUUGUCAGGAGCGAGCUGCUCUACCGUGACGACCCGAAGCAGCAGGAGCAUGUCGAGAAGCUCCGACGGUGCCGGUAUCACAUCCUCUCUCGCUUCCGUCAGUCUGCUCGCGUCCACGCGUCCGACUUCCGUCGUGACUUUACCCGCGAAGUCUCUAGCGCCCAGCUGGAGUCGAUGAUGUUCCAAAUUGCUGUUCGCCGGGAGGGCUGCUGGGAGUUUCGACUUCAGCCUGACCGCGAGUUCCCGCGGAGGUUUCCGGAUAUUCACAAGAUGCAGGAGGAGAAAUGGGAUGAGAUGGAAUCGCAUCUGGCAGCCCUCACACACCCUCACAAGGCAGCAGUCGCUCGUUCUUCCUCCAGGAAGAGUAGCAGCUCCCAGCCCCACCACGAGCCCCAGCACAAGCCGGCAGGAGAGGGAGAGGCCGCAAAGAGCAAGCCAGCAGACAAGGCAGACGAGGCUGCUCGACCUCCGCCGUCUGCAGCUGGGAUGACACCGCAGGAAGCUCGACAGAUCCGUUCUGCGAUCGCUCAGACGCUCAAGUCGGCAGGCGUUCUCUCCCGCGAUGAUCUUCGUGCCAAGCUCGCAGACCAUCCCUCCACAGCUGUUUCUCAGGUCGCAGCCUCAGCUGACUCCAGCUACUUCGAUGAGAUAAUCGCAGAGCAGACGGAGAUUGUUCAGGGUCUACACGUACUCAAGAACUCAGACGACGUCGCGAGGAAUGCUGUCCUGCAGCUGUUCCGUCAGAAUGCCGUGCAGGACAAAUCUGUCCUAGUAGAGACGGUCAAGAACGCGCUGGGCUCAGAGCCUGGCGCUGGCGUCAUCAACAAGCUCAUCCGCGAGCUCGCAACGCUCAGCGGAACCGCCUGCAUGUUCAAGGGCUGCAAACCACCGUGA